UUUGAGGCGUACGUACUUACGUAGGUCGUGUCGUUGCGUCAGACGUCAGGGUCGCCCUACGCGCAACCCUGUCGACGAGUGCGCAUGCGCGCUCUGUAAAGUCAGCCAGUCUUUUUUAUUAUUAUUGAAUUAUUCAUUAAAAUUAUAGGUAUUUUCAAUUAUUAAUUAGUCAAUCAAGCAAUGCUAAAUUUGUCAGCCAUCCCUAGGACCACCAGAUUAUGUUAGGUUUGUUGAUUAUGAAUUCAAUCAAGAAAUGGAAGCCUUUAUUAUCACCACAUUUAUAUUACAGCACAGAGGAAUCAUUUUCUUCAUGUAUCCCAGAUAUAUAAGAGGUUGCGGUCAGAGCGCAGGAGCAGCUAUGAUACAGUGCCCCUGGAGAAGGGAGGGUUAAGGGUCCAAGGCCCUAACAGUGGCAGCUUGGCAGUGCUGGGGCUUGAACCCUGAUCCUCUGAUCAACAACCCAGGGCCAUCACUGCCCGUUUAUGAUUUAUGAUUCUCGACACAUUUCUGGGCUAUCCGUACACAUCAGAAUAAAAAAAAAAACAACAACAAAACAACAAUCUAUUUCUUCGGUGUGGUUCUUACAGUCCCAUUCCUCUGACACAUAACAUCUCUGACAAUGAAUUCAACGUAAAUUGUCGUUGACUUUCUAGAAGAGAAAAAUGUGUGCCUAUAGAAAUUCUGUAUGAUUCUUAUUCACUCACUCUCACUCAUUUUCUACCGCUUUUAUCCGAACUACCUUGGGUCACGGGGAGCCUGUGCCUAUCUCAGGCGUCAUCGGGCAUCAGUUUCUAUUAUUCCCAAUGAGCAAUAUACUAAAUAAUACAGUACAGGACGAAACAAAUUGUGACCUUGAUCAUAGUAGAUGUUCAAAAGUGAUGACUAAACAAUAUAAACAAAAGAAUUUAAUAGAUAUAGGUGUAUUUCCGUGUAAGUUUAAUUUGAGCUUUUUUUUAUGAUGCUCCUAAACGUCACCCCUGAACUGGUGUGACAGAAUGGUCUGAGUGUCACCAGGGGUUCAAGCUUCAGUACAAACAUCAGACCUCUUCUGCUCCAGGCGUUCAGUUUUAUAAGGUUAGGGAGUACAGCCAGGAAUGUUGAAUACAGGGAAGCUUUAGAUAGUAAACACCUCAUGAAUAUGCUUGUAAUAACAUGAUCACUCUCCUUCACUCACUUACACUGUAGAGUUAAUUAAAAACGUGUCCUUUUCCUAAUAAGAUUAGUAAAAUCACUGAUACGGUUAAAUAUAUCAUGUAUUGAUUGAAUGUUUUUCCUCCUCCUCUUUUAACUUUUUUGAAUGUGUUUGUGUGUGUUUUAUUCAUUAUAUAUAAUAUGACAGACAAAUAUGUUGUAAUAUUCAAAAAUAGGCCAUGCUACACGCCGUGUAUUAAUUAAAAAAGGGGCGGGGCAUGUAUAUUUUAGGGCGGUUCUAAUUAGCAUAUGUCUACAUUCUGAAAUGAGAGGGAAAGCCAAUUUCUAGACGUUGCAUCUGGCUGUGCGUGUGUGUUUUACUGUUACACGCGAAUGACAUGUCACACGCUAUAACACGCUUUUUUGGGGUAGCAUUUAAGUGGCUUGGAGUAUGUGUGAUAAGGAUCUGAGUCUGAUGGUCGGUUACCGCACUCUCAACAUCGAAGGUGAUGAUGAUGAUGUUGAUGAUGAUGAUGAUGAAGGUAGCGGUGAUGGUGAUGGUGGUGAAAGGAAGGAGCCCCUCCUUGUGAGCGCGUGGUCUUUUGGGGGUGCCCUGUUGCCAUGAAAACGGCGCGGACGCGUGGACGUGACGAAGAGGCAUCAAAAGUGAUGAAGCAGGAUCAGCUCAUGAGGCGGAAAGCCAUCCAGCAUUAGGACUUAAUAACAGACGCUUAUAACAGCCAUAUGACCGGAUCUCGCAUCAUGGGGAUCACGUGUUAAACUGUUCUAAUGUUAAAAUGCAGUUUAGGGAUUUAUAAGGCUUGAGAAACUUGGGAGGAAAAACAGUGCAGACUUGUGACUCCUCAUGGCCAAACUUCGGUUUACAUGGUUUGUUCUUCUGAGUCUAAUGCCACUGCAAACUGAUGCCAUCGAGACAGUGAACGUGGUGGAUUUCUGUGGCCAGACAGUACGGGGGGACGGUAUGAUCGUCCGGUCCCACCAGGAGUCGCGCAGGUACUAUUUUGUCAGCAUGGGUACUGACUGCCACCUGACCAUGCGGGCAGCCACACCCCGUGACAAGGUGCAGUUCCAGUUUCGAUUCUUCCUGGUUUACAGCUUACUGCGCGUGUCACCCUUCAGCCCCAUACCCCACUUCCCAGAGUCGGCCCGGGGUCCAGCAAAUUCGGGGUCGACACGACCUGACCAGCGCAUGGAGCCGACGACAGACCAGGCCCAAGGAGAUCCGUGUCACGCUGGCUCUUACAUCCAGUUCUAUGAUGGUCAUGAUAAGAUGGCACCACCUAUCGGGCCUCCACUUUGUGGAAAGAGCCUGCCACGCCCAGUCCUGUCCACUGGAAACUAUCUGACUCUGCGACUGGUGACAAGGGGGACUCAACCACGUGUGGACUUUGUUGGGGACUUCACUUCAUUCAGACUGGGGUUUAAUCAGUCUGAAUGCAGCAGUGAACCCUACUUUACCUGCCAAAAUGGGAAAUGCAUCCCACUGAGCCUGGUGUGCAGCGAUGACAAGGGAAUCGACAACUGCGGAGAUGGCACGGACCUGCAAGUGUACCCAGGAUGCAACAGUCCGUUGUUUGCAGAUAGCACACGUCAGCCAUAUGCAACUCCUCCGUCCAUGCUGAAUGUGGCCACCAUGAAGGCAUCAACUGUGGAGAAGUGCAGUGGCCCAAACCUCAUCCCUGACAUUGAUUCUGUCACUGAUUCUCCUCCGUACGUGUCUCUGCUGGCGCUCUAUGUGGUUCUGGGAGUUCUGGUGGGUUCUGUGGUCGUGUGCUGGUGCUGCUGGUCUCCCGGCUGGUUCCUCUGGAGAAUGAGCGUGUGCCGUUUCCUGCCAUGCUGCAACUCCUGCUGUGCCUCUUGUCAGCUUUGCAGCCGGAGCUGCAUGCAGAACAAAGAGCACCGGUUGGCCAAAGUCGCGCCGCAGCAAGCCUCUGCGCCUGCAGCCUCCACCACCACCACCACCACCACCAGCAUGGCCGUGUAGUCCACACACGAGGACUCGCUGAUGGAUUGACAGAGAAAGACAUUGCGGUGGUGACAUUUUCAUCAGGGCACGUGCUCAAAGACUAUAGAAUAUUUUGUUUUCUGUCUGCUGCUUGUAUGAGAAAUCGAGUGUAAUCAUGUUGUUCAGACUAAAGAUUUGUGCAGUUCAGUAUCAUGUGUUGCUCACUGGAUAAAGUGAAGACAUCAGUAUUCUCACAGUGACCCCAGGCACUCUGUGAUCAUUUAUAAACAGCAAAUGGACCUCAAAGAAGUAUUCACAGUCACCUUUCGGGAAAGGGCUGUGCACAAAAGGCGUUCAAGUCUGGACAAAUUCUGUUUUCGAAACGACAGUCCAAACAGUGUCACUAUUCCUUCAGCUAUUGUUGAAGAUGCUUACAUAACAGCUAUGAGUCUCGGUGUCAGCUUGGCACGUUGCUCUGUAGUGAUGAGAUGCAUUUUUCUUCACGGCUGUUGCUCAGUUACAGAUCUGUGUCCUGUUCUCCCAGAGGUCAUGUCCUGAAGCGUGCACUCUGCUCUUUUACACUCUGUAACAAAGCCCCACCACACCACACCACAGCUCAAUUACCGCUCACUUACUCCUCACGUACUCCUCACUUUCUAUUCAGUAUCAUUUUCUCCUUAGUCCUGGUUUGGCUUUAGUCUCACUUUGCCUUUAGUUUAAGUCUCACUUUUUGUUCCCAUGCAGGUUUGGGCUUAAUUUCAGUUUGGGUUUAUUUAUGGGUCAGUUUGAGUCUCGGUACUGCUGGGAAAUGUUAUAUUGGUGACGGUUACACUAGUGAGCAAAAACUGAGAUUAAACUCAAACUGAAACUGAACCCCGAAUCAACAGCCAUUUAAAAUAAAGCUCUGACUAAAGUCUGUUUUAUGCUCAGUUCUGUGUUUAGUAAAGUCGCUCUCUGAAACAGGAUCCAUUGUUGAUUUUUUGACUUUUCUUAUAUUUAUUUCUUAUUUUUCUGAUCCACUGUAAUCUAAAUUUGAUACCAAAAUGAAAAGUAUCUGGAACUGGGUUUAGUCUGGGUUUGAGUUUACAGCAGUCUGAAGCAGUGAUUAGUAUGAUGUUUCUCUCUGGCUUUCUGCUCUGCUCGUGUUGAUGCGCUGCUGGAGAAGUUUGGGGCAGACAUGAAAAAUAACAUAAUUAUACACAGUAUUUUAAAGAAAGAUAUUUCGAAGAUUGAUGAAUUAUUAUACCAAAAACUGUUAGUCUCUUUUCAUGUGUUUAGAUAUAGAUUUUUAUGUCCUUUUCUUGUAGUAUUUUCAAAGUAGAUAGUUUGAUAUCAGUGUGGAUUAAACUGUGUUUGUUUUUGUUCAUGGUUGAGAAAAUUUUGAAUGUAAAUACAGAUAUAAUGUGUGAUUUAUGCUUUUCAUACGAGCUCUGGAGCAUUCACAUUAAAACAGUG